AUGUCAAACCCAGCUUCUAUUCCGGAGAAGAUGAGAGCGUUAAGACUAGUCGAGUACCACAAGAAUUACAAAUUGCUCGAGGAUGUCCCAACCCCAGUUCCAAAGCCAGAUGAAGUCCUCAUCCGUGUGGCUGCUGCCGGUCUCUGCCAUACCGACCUCAUUGUUUAUCACGGUUUCACCGAAGCUCAGCUGCCGUUCACUGGGUCUCAUGAACCAGCGGGCACGAUAGUCAGCCUUGGAUCCGAAGUACCAGAAACAUGGCAUGUGGGAGACCGUGUGGGGGUUACAAACUUCAUGGACCCUUGCGAUAAGUGUAAAGGGUGUAAGUGGGCAACUCAGGCUAUCGGAUCGCUCGAUCCUAGAUUCUGUGACAACAGGACUAUGUGUGGUAUUUACCAUCGUGAUGGAGCGUUUGCUGAGUCCAUGACUGCUUGGCAUAAGGCUGUUGUUCACUUGCCUGAUAGUGUGAGUUUUGAACAGGCAGCUCCUUUGAUGUGCGCUGGGGCAACGGUAUGGCAUGCUAUUAAUCAAGCAGAUCUCCAAAAGGGACAGACCGUGGCCAUAAUCGGGAUCGGGGGUCUCGGAGUCUUGGGCAUACAAUUCGCAAAGGCUCGAGGCUAUCGAGUUGUAGCUGUCGACAACCACGACGUCGGGUUGAAGCUCGCAUCAGAAGUCCCAUCCCACCUGAGACCUGAUCUUAUCCUCAGCCUCCAAGACCCAGAAACCAUCCAGAAGAUCUCCAAUUUCACAGACGAGAUUGGUCUCAAAGCCGCUAUUGUGUGCACCAGCGACAACGACGCAAAUGAUUGGGCCGCCCAGCGUCUACAGCCAAGGGGGGUAUUAGUCGCCGCAGGCUUUCCUGAGCAGGGGCUCAAGUUUGAUCCCAUGAAUCUUCUCUUUAAAGAGAUCGUAGUCAAGGGGACUAUCCAUUGCAGUAUGGAGGAAACCCGGGAGAUGAUGGAGUUUGUAGUUGAGCAUGGAAUCCGCAGCCACUUAAGCUUGCUUAGUAUGGAUGAGGCGGAAGAUAUUGUAGCUAGAUCUGAGGCUCAUGCCUUUGUCGGUCGUCCAGUUGUACAGAUUGGGAAGUGA